GCGCCGCGGCUGGGAAAACGUUCGGUGACGUUUCACGUGCGGUCCUCGUGAAGCGGUCCGUCUGAUUUAAACCAAGCAUGCCCGAGUUAACAGGCCUCCGGCAGCUGAGUUCACAAAAACAGCUGGUUAAGGCAAAACGCAAGCGCCCAACGUGACCCCAAGCCAAGCUGCGCCAUAUAUACCCGUUGGAGGAGACUCGCGCCUGGGAUUCUCCGCGUGGCCUCGAUCGCGCAGGAAGUUCGCGCUACUGCUCCACCGCGGUCGCAGUGUCCAGCUCUGCUCGUUUGAACCAUGAGUUACGGCAACCUUAUUCCCGCUGCAAGCUUCGGCCAGGAGAAGGAGGCUCCGCAGGAGAUCCCCGGUCCCGGAUCGGAGUCGGACACGUCUCGACUGCAGGCGGCUUCAAGAGUCAAUCCGCGAACGGCUCUGGGCGUCCUGACCGAGAACCUUCUGCACAACGGCCGUGCGCGUGCCACCGUUCUGCCGGUUGUUCUCCACUCAAAACCCAAACCAGCUUCUGAAAAUGUGUUCCCUUCGAGCCAUAUGAUUACUGUGCCCAACAAGUUCUCCAGUCCCGGUUUGAGCAUCUCUGGGGAGGACGGAACUGAGAUCUCCCUGUCGGCUUCUGGCGGUAUGGUGGCAGACUAUCAUCUCGAAGAAGACAUGACCGCUUUGCGGCACAAAGACUUCCGUCUCUUCCUGGACCUCAGUUCUAGCUCCUGUAAAGACACAUCCAUGCAGUCCCAGCCUGAUGACCCUGUGGGUUCCCAUGAUAUCUUUGCCGUGGAUGAAUACUCUGAAGACAUCUAUAUCUACUUGCGGCGGAGUGAGGUAAAGCAUAGACCCAAGCCUGGGUACAUGCUGAGGCAACCAGACAUCACCAACUGCAUGAGGGUCAUCCUAGUGGACUGGCUUGUUGAAGUUGGCCAAGAAUAUAAUCUCUCGGCAGAGACCCUCUACUUGGCUGUAAACUACUUGGACCGCUUUCUGUCCUGUAUGUCGGUCCUUAGAGGCAAGCUUCAACUUGUGGGAACUGCGGCUAUGAUCAUUGCUGCGAAAUAUGAAGAAAUCUAUCCACCAGAUACGGAGGACUUCGCAUACGUUACUGACAACAGUUAUACAAAGAAGCAGCUUCUACAGAUGGAACAGCUUUUACUCAAAGUCCUGGCCUUUGAUCUGGCAGUGCCCACAGCUCACCAGUUCCUGAAGCAGUUUCUCACUGUAGAGUCUGUUUGCAGCAGAACAGAGAACCUUGCUCUGUAUUUGGCAGAACUGAGCCUGCUGGAAGUUGAUCCUUUCCUGCGGUACUCGCCAUCGAAGGUGGCUGCAGCAGCCUAUUGCCUGGGGAACUAUACCAUGAACAGGAUGAUCUGGCCUGUAUCGCUGCAUGACUUUACUGGCUACACUCUCGCAGAAAUUGCCCCUUGUCUGAAAGAUCUCUACAAGAUGUACUGGAGUGCCAGCAGUAGGCCCCAACAGGCCAUCCAAGAAAAGUACAAGGCUUCCAAGUAUUGCAGUGUGUCCCUGGUCCCUCCACCAGCAUCCAUUCCCUUCCGCUGAUCCUGCUGUCCUGCUUGGCACUUUCUCUCUAACACAGAUCACCUAUUCCAUGGGUCACACAUGUGAAUUGUGGUGGGGAAAAUGUUUUGAACCUGCUUUUUAACUUUUAAUUCUAUAUCCUAGAUGGUUUCCCUAGGUAACUAUGAAGUUAAUAAAAGUUUUAACUUGUUCAUUGUGUGCAGAAAUGCAAAUGUUGCAAUCACCUGAGGCUUGGCUACAAAACGAUGUAGCCUGGACUUUAAAUGGCACUUCUGGGUCCAUACUGGCGCCCCCCCCACUGAAUGCUUUAAUGUGAGUUGCUUAUGUAUUGUAAAUUUUAAAUGAAACCAG